UCCGUAACAGAGCUGUCACCUCAAAUUUUUUACCACAAAGGGUUUUGGUUUUGGGUCCAAACAGAACUAAGCUCUUUCCUCAAAAAAUUUGACCUAAAACUUCCCCCCACCUCACCGCUAUAUCGACGACGAUUUGCCCCUUACGCCAAAUCGAUCGAUAGCUUGCAGUUGCCCAUACCCUAAAUCGACGGCACUUUCCAUCAGCACAGCAGCAGGAAGCCUCCAUUCGUUUCAAUUUUCAAGUUCAAAUAACUGAGGAAAGGUAAAGGGAAAGAAAAAAGAGUAAGUGAAGAAGAAACAAUGGAAAUAAUAUCAAAAAGGAAAAACGACAAAGUUAUGAUAUUAGUAGAGGAAAAACCAGACUCAAAAAAGAGACAAGCAGUAGUUUUAAGUACAGAAAAAAAACUUGUCCAUGAAAGUGAAGAUUCCGAUUUUGAAACAAGGGAGAAAAAGAGAAGGAAGAAGAAGCAAAUAAAGAAGCAUUUUGAUACAAUCAGAAACAGGUGCUCCCCUGGAGCUUUGCUAUCGGUAAUUCAAGGUUUCAAUGAAGUUCAAAAAGAUUGUGUAAAAGAUAUGGGUUUUGGAGAUCUUUUAAAAAUGAAGAUGACAGAGGUGCCGGGGGCACUAAGUUGCUUUGUUCUUGAGAAGUUUGAUUUGACAACAAAGAAAAUUAUUCUUCAAAGAGGCAAGAUUGAUGUGACUAGAGAAUCAGUCCAUCAAAUCCUUGGAUUUCCAUUAGGAAGGAAAAAGUUUUCGGAACUUCCGUUUAGAACAACAGAGGAUAAUACGUAUGAGGAAUGGACACAACAAUUUGAAAACAAGAGCAUGAUUCGACUUCAGGAGAUAAAAAUGAAGAUUGUUUCAUCCAACAAAGUGGAUAUGAACUUCAGAAUGAAUUUUUUAGCUUUGUUGAUCAACUCUUUGAUUGAAUCAAGCUCUUCAGGAAAAGCAAACACUUCCCCACUAAAAUACAUCAUGAAGGAUACCAAGAUAAGCAACAUCGACUGGUGUUCAUAUUUGAUAGAUUGUUUGGUUAAAACCAAACAAUCUUAUGAUCCAUCCAGUUCGACAAGUAAUUUUGUUGGACCAUCUGCUUAUUUAGUGUUGGUUUAUGUAGAUAGUGUCCAUUCCGAGGUCAUUCAAGUUGAAAGAACACGCCCAGUGAUCUGUCACUGGACGUCAGAGAAGAUGAAACUGAGAGAAAGUUAUGAAAAAGAAGAGUUGGGUGAUUUUGGUACUGGAGAGUUUAAUGAAGAGUUUGUUGAAAGAGAUUUGAAUGAGGAGGAUUAUGAAGAAAUGGUUCUAAUGAAGUAUAAAAAGUUACAUUUGUUAACUGAAAAGGGAAUCGAUAAAUUUCCUGAAAAUAUCACACUGAAUCAUUUGAAAGUCCAUUUGGAUACCAUUUUUGAUGAUGAGAAUGAAUACGAUAAUAAAGAAAAGGAAAAUGAUAAUAUCGAAGGUAGUAAUGAAGAUGAGGAAGAGUAUAAUGAUGGUAUUGAAGGUGGAGGCAAAAGUAUAGAUAACGUGUGGAGGACAAAAAUAUCGAUGAAUGACAUGGUAAAAAAGGUUAUUAUGAUAAAGAAGAAGAGAAUGUUGAAGGAAGAGCGUUGGAGAAAAGAAUAUUGAUGAAAGAGCAGAUAAAAAUGGUGAUGAUAAUGAGGAACAGAAUGUUGAAGGAGAAGGGUUUAGAGGGAAGAAUGUUGGUGAAGGAGAAGGUAUUUAACAUUAUUUUGUGUUAAAAAAUUGUUUAUGUUAUAAUUAUUUUAAAGUCUUUUCCAUGUAAUUUGUACAUUUUAAAGUCUUUUUGGAUGUGAUUCAUAGUUACAUAUAAUUAAUACGAGUUAUAAUUAACUCGUUGAAUAUUGUUUAUAAGUAUUUAUAUGUUUUUGUAUAUUCAUAUAUGAUUAUACAAAUACAACAUAUUGAUAUUUAUAGAUAAUCACAUAUUAUUAAA